AUGGCGUCCGUGAGCGACAUCCAAAAGUCGGGCGACUUCGCCAUCAAGUCUGAGGCUGUUACGCCCAAGCUCGACACCAGCGAGUGGCCCCUCCUCCUGAAGAACUACGACAAGCUCCUUGUUCGUUCCAGCCACUUCACCCCUAUCCCCACCGGAUGCUCGCCUCUCAAGCGUGACCUCAAGACCUACAUCGAGUCCGGAUGCAUCAACCUCGACAAGCCCUCGAAUCCCUCGUCGCACGAGGUUGUCGCCUGGAUCAAGCGCAUCCUCCGCGUCCAGAAGACCGGUCACUCUGGUACUCUUGACCCCCUUGUUACCGGAUGUCUCAUCGUCUGUAUCGACCGUGCUACUCGUCUUGUCAAGUCUCAGCAGGGUGCUGGUAAGAGCUACGUUGUCGUCGCUCGUCUCCACGGCAAGCCCGAGGGCGGCAAGCAGGCUGUUGAGCGCGCCAUGGAGACCCUGACUGGUGCUCUCUUCCAGCGUCCCCCUCUCAUCUCGGCCGUCAAGCGUCAGCUCCGUGUCCGUACGAUUUACAACUCGAAGCUCAUCGAGUACGACGAGGACCGCGGACUUGUCGUUGCCCAGCUUGACUGCGAGGCCGGUACCUACGUCCGUACCUGGUCGGUCCACCUUGGUCUUCUUCUCGGUGUCGGCGCCCACAUGCAGGAGCUCCGCCGUGUCCGCUCCGGUAUCACCGGCGAGGGUGACGACAUUGUCACCAUGCACGAUGUCCUCGACGCCCAGUGGCUCUACGACAACACCCGCGACGAGUCGUACCUCCGCCGUGUCAUCAAGCCCCUCGAGGCUCUCCUGACCAACUACAAGCGUAUCGUUGUCAAGGACUCAGCCGUCAACGCCGUUUGCUACGGUGCCAAGCUCAUGAUCCCCGGUCUCCUCCGUUACGAGGCCGACAUUGAGGUCGGCGAGGAGGUCGUUCUCAUGACCACCAAGGGUGAGGCCAUCGCCGUCGGUAUCGCCCAGAUGUCGACUGCCGACCUCGCCUCGUGCGACCACGGUGUCGUUGCCAAGGUCAAGCGCUGCAUCAUGAACCGCGACCUCUACCCCCGCCGCUGGGGUCUCGGCCCCAAGGCGCAGGAGAAGAAGAAGAUGAUCAAGGCCGGUGCCCUCGACAAGCACGGCAAGACCAUCGACGGCGUCACCCCCGACUCCCCGAGGCCGACAAGGCCUGUCCAGAAGGCUAUCGACGAGGCUUACGCUGCCGGCUACCUCGGCAAGGACGCCUGCGGCUCCGGCUACCCCUUCGACGUCUACGUCCACCGCGGUGCUGGUGCCUACAUCUGUGGUGAGGAAACCGCUCUUAUCGAGUCCCUCGAGGGCAAGCAGGGCAAGCCCCGUCUUAAGCCUCCUUUCCCCGCCGACGUCGGUGUCUUCGGCUGCCCGUCGACCGUCGCCAACGUCGAGACCGUCGCCGUCGCCCCCACCAUCUGUCGCCGUGGUGGUUCAGGAGAUGUCUAUCCCCCUCAAAAGACCGAGAAGCGCAAGCGUGACGACGAGGCCGCCGCCACGCCUGCUUCUGAGAAGAAGAAGAAGAGCAAGAAGGUCAAGAUGGAGGACGGAACGGAGCGCGACGAGACCCCGGAGGAGCGUGCGGCCCGAAAGGCCCGCAAGGCCGCCAAGAAGGAGAAGGCUUAG